AUGAUAAAAGGCAACAGAAUCGAAUAUUAUAAAAAUGAAAUCAAUAUUGAAAAAGUGAUUGAAGAACAAGAAUUACGAAACACCGACGAGGCAUUGUUUGUGUGCGAUUUAAAUGAUCUUCGCAAGAAAUAUGAGAUUUGGAAUCAGCUGAUGCCUCGAGUAAAACCCUAUUAUGCUGUAAAAUGUAACGAUGAUCCUGUCGUACUCAAAACCUUAGCCGAUUUGGGCGCCAAUUUUGAUUGUGCCUCAAUGGGUGAAAUUAAAUUGGUACUCACGGAAAAUGUUGCACCCGAACGCAUUGUAUUUGCUCAGCCAUGUAAGCCGUUGACACAUUUAGCUUAUGCCCGAGAGAAGGGUGUUAUGACCAGUACCGUCGACUCGGAAUAUGAAAUUUUGAAGUUGCAUCAUUAUUUUCCGGAAUCAAACUUAGUAAUAAGAAUACGCUGUGACGCCACCGAUGUCAAAUUGUCAUUUGGUGAGAAAUUUGGUUGCAAUGCCAAGUCGGAAGCUCGCGCUUUAAUGCUGCUGGCCAAGGAAUUGAAUUUAAAGGUAAUUGGUGUUAGCUUUCAUGUGGGUACCGGCUGCAAUGAACUGCCAGCCUAUGAUCGAGCCAUAACUGAAUCGAAAUUACUUUUCGAUUUUGGUAAGAAGCUGGGAUUUGAUAUGACACUGCUGGAUAUUGGCGGAGGAUUUCCCGGAAGUGAUGAUAAGACAUUCAAGAAGAUCUCUGAUAUUGUAAGCCGUUCGUUGAAGCGGAAUUUUCCCGAAGAUAAUGUAAAUAUUAUUGCUGAACCGGGUAGAUAUUUUGUUGAGUCCGCUUACACUUUGAUAUGUAAGAUACAUUCUAAGCGUGAGGCGAAGUCUUUGGAUGGCAAUCUUGUCAAGCAUUAUUAUUUAAAUGAUGGGGUCUAUGUGUCGUUUAAUAAUGUCGUUACGGAGAAUUAUAAAGUUGUUGUACGACAUCUGUUGGUGAGUAAAGUCUGCAAAUAA